AUGGCGGCUGAGUUGAGCUUCGCUGCACAACUUGGCGAGGUGGACUGGGAUUUGCCUUCGCCUUCGCCUCUCAAUCCUCUUGACCUACCUCCAGCCAUGACCACCAAUGCUCUGGGCUUGGGGAUGCCGUCUACUGCAACAGAAGAAGCAGUUUACUUUCCAGAGGAGGCACUUUGGCCAUUAGAACCCGCGGUACCUGCUCCAAGUUCAAGCAACUUCUUCAGCCACACACCAUUGAGGAUAGCGACCUACGACGAGCAGCGCGAGGGCGGAUGGGAGCACGACGCGCUGGGCCAAGCGACAUACAAGCCAUUCGGCAAAGUGGAGGAAAUUCCAGAGGAUGUGGACGUUGACGAGUUUCUGGCUGAGCAAACGAGUUCGCAGGGGGAAUUACCGCCAGACUUUCCGCCGCCUCCCCCGCCGGUGCAGCGCACCAUACCGCUUCUGCCUCUAGAAUUUGUCGACAAUUUGCGGUAUAAUUCAGACACCCCACCGCGUUUUCCAACGCCAAAGUCGCUCCCUGGGGUAGAACACUGUCCUGCUGUUCCACAGUAUUCACAACACCUCAUGUCGCUCUCAUCGGGCUCGGCUGCCGUGCUCUCGUUACAUUCGAAGCUUGCCGCGCAGCGGAAACCCGACUCCGCUGCACUCGCGCUUUGUGAGGAGAUCAUUCUCGCGCUGGAGGCGGUCAGAAGCGCGCUGGAACGCCGGAUGGAAGUGGUCAUCAGCACGGCCAAACACGACCUGAGGCUGCUUUCUCUGACACGGACGCUCCAAAAGCUGCACAACCUUUCUUCGCUUUCGACGAGUGUGGGCGGGCUCCGGCCACACCAAGUGACGCGGGUCCGCGGCCUGCUCGAGCAGCAUCGCGCCAAGUUUUUCGAUUUAGCGCGGAAAUUCAACAAAACUUUCGAACGACUUCAUAUCCGAACCAUUUACAACGAGAUUCAACGACACGCCAUGGAGAUGAAAGCGAAACGACGGCCACGACUUGGCCAGGAGAAUAUUAAUGAUUAUUAA